CUUCCAGGUCGCCACCCUUCAUUGCACGGCCUGCAACGCGCCCGUCUCCCGUUCCCUAGACUUGCUGAACCGCUAACAGAGUAUCUCAAGCGACACUGGACAGGCCAUGGCAGAGUUUGAGGACGUGCUCACCAACCAGCCGGUUGUCAUCGACAAUGGAUCUGGUGCAAUAAAGGCUGGCUUCGCUGGGCAAGACCACCCAAAAUGUUUUUUCCCGUCCUUUGUCGGACGCCCGAAGCACAUACGCGUCAUGGCAGGUGCGCUUGAGGGCGACGUGUUUAUCGGCCGAAAGGCCCAGGAGUUCCGUGGGCUCCUCAAGAUCAAGUACCCUAUGGAACACGGCAUUGUCACAGACUGGGAUGACAUGGAGCGGAUAUGGAGUUGGGUAUACGCUGAGGAGCUGGGAACACUGAGCGAAGAGCACCCUGUACUAUUAACGGAAGCCCCAUUGAACCCGCGACACAACCGAGACGUCGCCGCGCAAAUAUUCUUCGACACAUUCAAUGUACCUGCAAUGUUCAUCUCCGUACAGGCUGUGCUAUCACUAUACUCCUCUGGCCGGACGACAGGUAUCGUCCUAGAUUCCGGAGACGGUGUAACACACGCUGUUCCGGUAUUCGAAGGCUUUUCCAUGCCCCAUGCCAUCCGAAGAGUGGAUGUGGCAGGACGCGACGUAACGGACCACCUUCAACUACUCCUCCGUAAGUCCGGACACCACCUACACACGACAGCAGAACGCGAGGUCGUUCGAACAAUCAAGGAGAAAUGCUGCUACAUCGCCCUCAACCCCGCGAAAGAGGAGAAAGAAUCGCAAGGACGAACUGAAGAGUUCAAGCUGCCUGAUGGCAACUCUGUACAACUGGGCCCGGAACGUUUCCGUGCGCCCGAGAUUCUCUUCAACCCAGAACUGAUCGGACAGGAAUAUGCCGGCGUGCAUCAAGUUGUCGUAGACGCGAUAAACCGUGUCGAUCUCGAUUUGCGGAAAAGUCUCUUCUCGAAUAUUGUUCUGAGCGGAGGUAGCACUCUCUGCAGAGGUUUCGGUGAUCGUCUUUUGAACGAGGUCAAGAAGCUAGCUCUGAAGGAUGUCAAAAUCAAGAUUUUCGCCCCACCAGAGCGUAAAUACUCCACCUGGAUAGGUGGCUCUAUUCUCGCUGGUCUGAACACGUUCAAGAAGAUGUGGGUCUCAGCCGAGGAGUACCAGGAAGACCCAGACAUCAUUCACAAGAAGCUUGGCUUUUAGGGUGCAGGUAUCAUUCUUUUCGCCCGUAGGAGCAUUGGCAGUCUGUUUUUGUUAUCGAGUACAUCACGGUUGAUACCCCUCAUUGUAAUCUCCUCACGAGUAAUGCGUACCGUUAUGAAGCCCAGAUCACUGAGCUCAGAAAGGCAUUUUCGCCUUUCUGCGUACAAGUUCAAACGACAGCGAGGCCGAGAUGUUUCCGGGGGCUGUGCAUGCGCAUAGGAAUUCAUGGGAGAGGCAAGGAAAAGAGAGGCAAGCAUACGCGUAAGAUACAUUUACCAGACAGCUUUUGCAGGGGUCGGUAUGCGGAACCGAUGCGACGAGUACGAUAGGCCAAGUACGGCGACCGAAAGACAGAGAGUAAGCGCAGUAGUUUACUUUCCCUUCUUGGGAGGCUCCGCGGCCUUCGUCUUCUUAGUACCACGGAGCUUCUUGGCACGGUUCUUACGCUCCUUGCGGAGCUUGCGGUUGGUCUUUGGUGGGGCUUGAAGAAGACCAGACUAGGGUGACGAAGUAAAUCUUUUAAUACUCGUCUUAAAGU